AAUUCAGCAUAUUUAUGCACAUUCAUUGUACAGCAGUUCAGACUGCCGUGUCAUACGACUAAGCAUACCUUUGGACUAUACACUGUGGUGAUACCUUUUGGAAAAGGCACGCUUUAAAUUGAAUGUAAUGGCUGAAGACAAGAAAGUAUUCAGAUUAUCGGAAGUGAAAUCUCACAGUGAUGCUAAAUCAACAUAUCUAAUUGUUCACAAUAAAGUUUAUGAUGUCACAAAAUUCCUCGAGGAGGUGUGGCAUAAUAUUUUUUUUAGCCUAAUUACUAUAAUUACUAAUAUUAGUAUUAGUAAUAUUUAUUUUAUUUUAAAUAUUCAAUUAUUGUAGAGCUAGCGUCAAAGCGUUUGUGUAUUAUCAGGUCUAGGCCCCCUGCCUUUACUAAAUGCACCAUUAUUACCAUGCCCAAUGCCAUUAUCAUUAUCUUUUAUAAUAAUUAUUAUAUUAUAUAAUAUACACUAUAACUAUCAUAUUCAUAUUCCUUAUAAAAUUAUUUAGGCCUAAAGCCUAAAAUUAUAAUUAAUAUAUAUAAUAAUUUUGGUAAUUAAAUACUUAUUUAGGCUAAAUACUCAAUAAUUUAUUUUAGCUUACUGAAACUUGUUCACUUAAUCUAGGGAUAUCAAUACUUGUCCACGCACCGUUCUGCGUAUGUCCUAAAAUGUCGAAAAAACGUGUUCUUCAAUAUGGCGUACGGCUACACGGUAUCUUUGGAAAAUCGAAUACUACGUCACCUUUGUUUAUUAAAUAAUGCUUUCCUCAUCAGUGACGUAUCAGUUUUUGUGUUCCGGUGAUAUAUUGGUUUAUGCCACUAGAUUUUUUGUGUAUCCCGGACAGUAUUAUUAUAAUGACUCGAUUAGUAUAUAAAUCGCAUAAAUACUUUUUUACUAGUUAAGCAACCAAAAUAAGGUUUAGAGCUACCCAAUCUACAUUCAUUUUAAGAGUUUUCUCCAUUGUUCGAGUUAUUAUCUUGAGUUUGUCUAUAAAAAGUUAUGCAUCCCAAAAAGAGUGGGGGUAUGAAAUUGUCUUUUUUUUUUUAUGUUGAUCAAGAAGCAGGAAAUGGCUGCUAUCACUGUGAUUCUUUAAUUUUAAAUCCUUAAACAUCUAAAUAAUGAUAAGACAUUUAAAAUGAAUAAUUUUAAGAAAAGAUUAUAACCAAAUAACUUAAAAGUUUAAUUAUGUAGUCUAUGUAGUAACCAAGGGUUGGUUUUAAGUUUUAUUUAUUACGUUAAAAAUUGUGUACGGUACCGGUACACAGUUUAUCGUUCUUCAUAAUUAUUGAAUCACUAUUUAAUAGUUUUACAAUAGUAAUGUCAAUAAUAUUAUUCAUUUUUGUCUUAUUAAUUAUUUCAGAGAAUAUGAAUAUUACUAAAGUGAGGCAUACAUAUCAAUAUCAGUUAUAAUUAUAAACAACUGUUAUUAUAAUCCUAUAAUAGUCUAUAUUUAGGCCUAAGCUUAAUUUUUCUUAAUCAUUAAUCUAAUUCUAUUACUAGUACUACGAAAAUCAACAACCACACUUACUAAUAAUAUAUUUUUUAGUUAAGCCUAUUUAAACAGUUUUAUUAAAAUACAUCAAAUUAAUAAUCAAGAAUCAAACAACAUCAUUGUUGUAAUUAUAUUUUUAGUAGAACAUUGAAAAGCAGUACAUAGACAAUUAUUUAAUAUAUCAAAUAACAUUUUUUAAUAAAUUAGUCUCAUCAUCAUAGAUGAUUUUAUUAGAGUAAUUUUUAUUUAUAAUUACAUGGUUUCAAUUUUAUAUAUAUAAAAAAGACUACUUACCUUUUUAUAAAUAUAAUAAUUGAUUUAAAAUGUAAAACAAGCAUAAUAAAAUUAGUUAAAAUUCAAUAAACAUGUUAUUUUUUCGUGUUUUUUUUUUGGUAUAAAUAAUGAUUUUCCCAAUUUUUCUGUUUCCUUUUUUCUGAACAUACCCACAAAUAAAUAUAUAAAAAAAUAAAAGUCUUGAUGUUAUAUAAAACUUUUGUUGUUUAUUGGGUUGUAUAUUGCAUUGAGAAUGUCUCCUGAAAAUUUGGUAGCAUUAUCUUUUUAAAAUCACAAAGUUUUGGGCAAAAUAAGGCAGAAAUUUGGAAAGUGGGUCACAACGUUUUUUCAGUUAAAGUUAAAUACUAAGAUAAAGAAGGGGGUUUUAAAAAAUCACCAAAAAAAUCAAAACUCCACUUCUAUAAAAGAUAGAAAGAUGAAAUUGGUGUUGUUGUAAAGCUUAUAGCUAGCCCUUUAAAAUGAUGUAUCAUUCAUGACAAUCUGACAAUAUUUAAAUUGUGUGUCAAAGUACCUACUUAAUCAUUCUUUUUUUAAUAGUUAAUAUUUCUGGGGGGGGGGGGGGUUGUGAUGUACACCGGCUUUGGUAAAAAUGGCACAAUUUCUUGUUUUUUUUCUGGAACUCUCCACAGCAUCAGACAAGUUUGCUUACUUUAGUUUAUUUUAUUUUGUUGUUACCUUGUUUUUUAUUAGCUGAAGAAGGCUUUCUGCUGACAUGUCAGUUGCUUCAUUGUUUUCAUUUUCAGGUUUUCCAGUAUAUUGUAGUUAUUUCCUUAACAUGGCAGAAAUAAAAAAGCUUUCUAUGUCAGUAUCACUGAUGUCAGAUGAGCAAAUCGAUUUAUUUAUAUAAAAUUAUACUGAAUACAAGUCAAUUAAGCGAAGUCACAGUUAGUUGAGUUAGUUAAAGGUUUUUCUUGCCUUUGCAGCUUUUCACAACCAGUGCUGAUUGUUAUGCAUAGAGAGUAUCAAAGUACCUGCUAAUUCUAAUUUUUACAAUACCGUAUUUAAAUCUUCAUCUGCCAAAUGAAAAUUUUCUGUGCCUCAAUAUAAAAGUGGCACUAAUAGUAGUACAUCACUUUUCUAUAUUGUAGAUAGCGUUCUUAAAAUUUUCCGCACUCCCAUCUUGAUUUCAAAACAUGUUUCCGUCACUCCCACAAUAAUAAAUGCUAAUCAAAAUACUAAAGGCCAGGGGUUCUUAUCCUUAAGCGCUACACCUCCUCUUGAUUUAAAACAUCCCCCCCCGCAGAUUUUCUAGGUUGUCCUGCGCCCUCCUCACCCUGCCUCUCACCUCCCCAGGAGUUGUGGGCUUCCCUGUUUAAGAACAUCCUGCUAUAGAUUACAGAUAGGAUUACCUACUAGUAACUAUAAAGAUGCACUUAUAUUGGUACUUCUAAACAAGACUUGAAUAGACUAGCAAUAGCAUGUCAGUUUAAUUAGGUCCUAAACUCUUAGUCUCUCAGUUUGACUGUUGUGUUGUUGGUAGACUCGUACUGUAAUACACUCAAAACUGUUUUACAGUAUAAUCCUAAACUAUAAUAAACGUCGACCUAUUUUUUAAUUUUAUUUCAUCAUCUUCAACCACCUGUCCAUAUUUAGGCUUAUGAAUAGUGUUCUACAAAGUAAAAUAUCCGAAAUACAGAUCCUGAAAUAUGAUGCAUAUUUGGAGGUAGAGAUGUAACUUAAGAUUCUGAAAUCCCUUCAUUUUUUUCAGCUUGAUCAGCAAAAGUAAUGUUAAAUUUUACAUUAAAGUUUGGUUAAAAUAUGAGGAAGCAUGUACUUAAGUUAACUUCCAUUAGUUAAAAGCACACCGUAUAAGUUAAGUAUAAUGGUAAUUAGUAUCAAUUUUUUAUGUCAUAGUCAAGUUUGCGACAACUUUGUCUGCUUUGGAAAAAAAAGGUUGCCCACCUAUGUUAUAGAAAUUUGAACUUAACCCUGCAAAAAUAGAAUUGCAAACACACAUGAUGCCAGUUUAGUUUAAAAUUAUAGAGGGGCAGAACCCACUCCUUGCUGUGAUUUUGCAAUAUUAAACUGUUGGCCAUGGAAAAAUAUUGCAUCAGCUAGUGUUUAAAAUGUAGCCCAUAGUUCUUUGCCAGUAUUGGGCAUGAUUAUCUCUACCUUGUUACCUGGGAGACUAAUCUAGUUUCAUGUUAUUUAUAAGGAUAAUGUGAAUGACAAAAAGUAUAAUUCAUUAGGAUUAGGAUAUAUGCAUUAAAUAUUUGUUUACUCUCAAGAAAAUAAGAAAAACCCAACCUCAGCCAAAUUUAAACACACUUUGUGUUUUAACAUUUCACACAUGGUAACUCUCACUAAAUACCCCCUUGUGAGCAGUUAAUAUAUUUCAAAAUAUUAUAUGAAUGGUUUCCCAUGUCCCACUUGUCUUCAUUAUCAUCACAAUCAAUAAUGAACUAUACAGCUUUUUCAACUUUCUCAACUAUUUUAGGGGUUUACUUCAAAAAUAUUUGAACAUGUAAAAACAUUUUUUCAUGAAUGUUUUUACAAAUUAAAUGUGUUAUAUUAAUUUGUCAUUUAUUUAUUUUUAUUUUUUUCCAUUGUAGCAUCCAGGAGGUGAGGAGGUUUUAUUAGAACAAGCAGGUGAGUCGGAAAUGCAUUCUUAAACCAUCCAAAUCGUCUUAUCUCUCUAAAUUAAUAAGUCUAAUUUUUUUGUGUUUGCAAAAGUUCUUUUCUUUUUCUUAAAAUUUAUAAAAAAUUAGGGCUUCUAUCUGUCCCUGUAAAAAUAUUUUACAUUGCUUUAGUGGAAAAUAUAUUUUCUGUCCCAUGAGGUCACCAAAUGUUUUAAUAGCUCGUUUUAAGGUUAUUAGGGUUUUUGAUUUUUAUUGUCAAUUUUGGACCUGACCUAUGCAUUUAGAGAGUUACAAUGGCAAACCACUUGCUUGCAAACCAACAUGCUCUUAAGACUCAUGUUAAAAGACUUUGGCAAUUUCAUUUUAUUGAAUACAGGGGGAGAUGCUACAGAAGCAUUUGAGGAUGUAGGGCAUUCAACAGAUGCCAGGGAACUGAUGAAUGAUUAUUUUGUAGGGGAUCUACAUCCGGUAAGUAACUGUGAAGUUAAAUACAUGAUAGUAAUGGAUUUUUUUGUACAACAGAGUAGGGUGCACUGCUUUAUUCAAUUUAGGAUAGUUCCAGAAUCUUGUUUGUUGGUUCUAAGUAGGGCUAAUAGAAACAGUCCAAAUAGUAUAGUUCUUUUUAAAAAUGUAUUCUUUUAAUCGGAAUAAUUUCUUUCAGUUCAUGGCAUCAUUAUCAAAUACAUGCUUUCUUAGCCAAACGACGACAACCACAAAUGGUAUGAAAUUGGAUAUGAUAUGAAACAACCCAUUUGCUCUUUUCUCUCCAAAAAUAAAUAGUACAUGGUUGUACCCCAGUAACAAUAGUGUUUUUUUUUUUAAUGUCUGCAAUAAUUAUGAUACCGGUAUUGCUUUUAAAAACAAAACAAAAAAAUAGGCUCUAGAAGCCUUCAUGAAAAACAUAAAAUAUUGAACCCAGCUUUGUAGAAAAUUGUACUUUGAAGUGUUUGUGAGGACAUUAUGAAAAUAAACACUAAGUUAGGUAAAGUACACAAAUUUUUAAGGGACAGCUCGGGGGGGGGGGGGGGGGGGGAAAAAGGAAUUAAGGCAUGUAAAAAAUGAAAGUUUAAUCAGGUGUAGAGUAAUGGCAGUGUAGAAAAAGUAAUCCAAUCUCGCUAACAUUAGGGUCACAAAGGAGAAAUAAAGAAUCCUCAGAGAUAGGGAGCUUCAACUAGAAAAAAGCAAUAAAACGUUUUUUUUUAUAGCUUACGUUACAUGAAAGAAAUCUCAAUAUCACUUUUAAAACUAGUUGAGAAAAAGAUUUGAAAAAAAAAUGUGACCUCAUUAAUUUUAGAUAAUGCCAAUGCAGUUAAAGUUGUUAUCCUUGUUAUUGAGAAUCAACAUUAAACUUAGAUGUUCUUCAGAGAGAUAACUUAAAAUUUCUGCUCACAGGUGUUGAGGACAGUAUAAGUAUUACUAAAAGAAAAAGUCAUUUUUAAAGGGGAAAAGGGCAAAAAGUGAAUUUACCUUAUAAAUUAUAAUAUAAUGCAUAACAGUUGAACAUUUCUGAAUGAUGUUGAAAGUUGCUUGACUGAUUAAAAAACAAAAAUUGUUAUUGUUCAACAGGAUGACAGAUCUAAAAAGACAUAUGCUGUAAGUGGUUUAUUUUUAAAUUAUUUACUUUGUCUCUUUGCCUUAUUUGAUCUAGGGGGGGGGGGUGUGAAUGCGGGGUCAACAAUUAUGUUAAAGUCUUUGGAUGAUAAGAACUAUAUUCAGCCCAUUGAAUGAUGGCAUUGCUAGACCUGUUUACUCUUAAGAUUUUGGGGUACAAUUUUGAGGUGUAUACAUUAUAUAUGUUUAUUAUUUUACUAUUAAGAUAAUGUAUUGAACAAUUUUGUGAUGAUAUUUUACAAUUUUAAGAGGUUGAGGGUAAACAGAUCUGCAUUAAAAUUUAAACCCCUGAAAUAUGUCAGUGUUAGUUUUGAAAUUUUGUCUUUUUCUGUUUAAAUAAUUAUAAAUUUUGUUUUUCAGACCAACACAGGUCCUACAGGAACAGAUACUCCAUCAAAUAGGUAAAUUGGAUUGUACUUGUAUCUGUAAGGUAAUUAAAACAUAAUUACAUUGCUGCAACUCCCAAAAUAUAAGAAAUUAUCUAUACCACCAAAGGGGAACUUCCUCACUUAGCAAAGAUGGAGAUUCAUAUUGCAAGGUAAAAACUUUGAAAGAGCUCAAGUCCAGUGUUAAUUACCACUAAAAAGGGCAAAUUCAAUAUCAUCUAUCAGUUGUGGUCUAAUGGAAUCUAUUUCAAGCCAGUCUAUAAGUUCAUAAAUCAGUUGUUUUUAAAAAAAUGUAAUAUCAUUUAUCAAAGUAACUAUUGUUUGAUUAAUUUGCCUCUUUCCUGCCAAGAAUUGACUUUUUAAUUUAAAAAAACUAAAGUCUGCCUGUCAAAUAGCCACAAUUUUCAAACAAUUUUUGAAUUAUGAUUGAGCUUUUAAUUUACUAUUAUGUGAAAAAAUACUUUUCAAAUCAUUAAAUGGGACAUAAAGAGGAAGAAAGUAGUGGAACAAGGUAUAUUGAAGCUUGAAAUGAAAAGACAGGACAAUAAAAGGAGAAACUUUCGGCUAAGAGCCUUUUCAGCAGACUAGACAAAACAACAAACAAACAAGAAGUAGAAGACAGUUCAAAAACUUAAGUGUCUGGAGUUUGACAUUUUGGGAGGGGAAUCAUGGAUGCGAUAUUAUUUUUGGAAACCAAAAUUUGUGUGCUCUCCAAAAGAUUGCGGAGAGAUUAAAAAAAUGUACCAGUAUGUAUGUGAACUAGAAGAUUUUAACAGGUAUUUUGAAAGUAUGUAAUGCAUAGAAAUGAAAUGCAAGGACAUUUUGAUCACUAUUUCUUUUAUUGUAUUUGAUUGAUUCCAUAUUGUGUUAUAGUGCAGAAUAUCUGAAUUAUAAUUUGUUUUCCUUCCCAACUCUCACUGGUGUACUAUACCUAAAGUGAAACAACCCUUCUUUGCUAUUUUUGAAAUAAGCAAACUACCAAAUGAUAUUUGAACAUAGGGGCCGUCCAUAUUAUGUAUGGACUGAGGGGUUUUUGAGGUUGGAGAUUUUGCAUAAUAGCAAAUUAUACAUUAUAAGUAUAUUACUGUAAAGUAUUGUAAUUAUCUUCAUCCUGUUGUUUUUUGUUUAAAAAAUAAUUUCCUUAAUAUGACAACAAUAAUAAUUGGCCUUUGAUAGCUUGAAGAAGUCCACCCUUCGCCUUUGUAUAUUUCAGUGCUUUUUUAACGUAAUUUUGUUUCGGCUGAACCAAAAGUUGUAUUCACUAUGUGAAACAGACAGAGAAAUCAGUGACAUAAUUUUUAAAAUGGUUUACAAUUAAUUUUUCAAUUAUAGUUUAGACAUUGUAUAUAUUAUAAUAUUAAGGGUAAAAAUUCACAUUUGUAAGUAUACAUAGUCGGGUUCCAAAAAAAUGUACGGAAGAGAGGAGUUAUGGAAAUUUUCACUUUUUUUAAAAUUUAGUACUUUAUGGAUGGCCCCUUACCAAUUAUUGCGUAUACUCUACAGUUUAUAAACAUUCCUUAUAUAUGAAUGGAACAAAAAUUUAUGGGAUUCAAAGUCACACAAAAAUGUUAAUGCUAAUACUUUUGGGAAGUCUUUUAAAAUUUAAUCUUGCUUUAAAAAUGAAACAACUUAAUUUUUUUUUAUUAACUUCAAAUGUUGAGAUAUUUUUAUUACACUUAUUUUGAGAUGAGACUUAAUGCUAUUUACACAUUGGCUUUAACCUUUUUACUCAAUAUCUCUCUUUUUCUUCUUUUUUUUUUUUUACCUUGGACUACCUGCUCCCCCACAAUCAUAUAUUGCCCCAAUUCAGUAGACAUUUAAAAAAAAAAUAAUGAAAAUACAUACUAUAAUAGAGUCUUCCCUGUGGCACAGUGGUAAUACCUUUUGACUUAAGGGUGGUGACUUUGAAUUUGUCUGGAUAAGUCCCCAGUUAUGAGUUAAUAGAUUAGAUUCUUUAUUGAUCCAAAUAAAUGGAAAUCUUUUUUUUAAUACAUUGUACAUAUUCAUUUUCAGCACAUAAAUAAAUAUGUUUAACCAAGGCAACAUUUUACUAUCAGAACAAUUUAAACACAAGACAUCUAAAGUAUUUCUCUAGUGUAGAAAUCGGCCAUAAAUGAACUCCUUGAGUAACAAUAAUGGCUUAUUUAGUGAUCAUUUAGAUUUGGUAAUCGCUGGGGGAGCACAAUCGUAAAUUCGCACAGACUGGAUUUGCCCUGCUCAAGCUGAUCUUAGGUAUCUGAUGAAGUGAGUUGGAUGUAUCAUCCAAAGUUUUUUUUUAGUUUUACAACAGAAUUUUUCAUCAAAUAGUUCUUCAAGUUAAGGAUGUUUAAUUUGUGUGAUGUUACUAUCUUUCUUGAUUAGUCUAUUUAAUCAGUGUUUGAUGUCAGAUGAGGAAUUCCUACACCAACAGGUGAUGCUGAAGUUUAGUAGGCUUCCAAUUGUUGCACUGUAGAAUAAGUUAAUAACUUUUUUGUUUAUGUUGAAAUUGUACAAUUUUUUAAGAUAGAAAAGCCUUUGGUUGACUAUUUUUUUACAGAAUUCGGUUUUGUUGAUGCAUGUCAGCUUAUGGUGACACCUAUGAUGACUCAAUUUGUUCUAUACUUUGAUCUGCUAUUUGGUGAUUUCCCCCCUCUGGAAAUCAAAAACCAUUUCUUUCUUUUUUUUUGAGACACUCAAAAAUGUUUAAUGUUUCCCAGUACCCUCAAAAAAAUUUCCAUCACACCAACUGAUAAACCUUGUAACUAGCUGGUUUGGCUAAGCUCAUCCCCCAAUAAAGCAUAUAAUCUUAGAGAGGAGGCAUGGGAUUAAAAUUGACUGUUAAAUGUAAAAAUAGCAGCAGUCUUAUAGGUUAAUUUACAGCUGCCAGAAUAAAUCCUAAAUGUUUUUUUUUUAAAAAGACACUGAAGACUUUAAUUCUCCUUAGCUGAUUAGUAGUAAAUAAUUUUUUGUACUGUGUUCUUUUUUUUUUAAAAAGACACCAACUCAUCAAAUAUGCUUGUGGAGUGUUUUUAAAACCCAGUACUGAAAAUGUUAGAUCCAUUAAAUAUGAAUUUACUAAUGUGAAUGCCUCACUUUUACCAUAUCAGAAUUACUGUAAACCAUUAACAGUAUGAGGUGGAUAUGCAACAGAUGUUUGACUAGAGAAGAGGAGGAUUUUAUCUAUCCAUUAGCGAUGAUUACAUUACUAUAAACCCAGUAUAGUGUGUUCAUGAAUACAUGCAGGCUAUCAAGUAUAUGCAUGUCUAAUAUUACAGCUGUAGCAUUAAUGUUACAGUAGUUCUGUCUUAGCCUGCAAGCCUGUGUAGUUCAGAGCUCAAUAACUCUCUAGAGAUUAUCUAAGUUUUUAAAGUGUGUUAAAGUGCUCCCUUAAUUAGGUCAUCAGCCCAAUUAUUGAUAAGCUCACAACAUGUCUCCCAUUAUGGAAGUGAAUAUGAUGGGAAUUUAAAAGCUUAUAAUGGGUUGGGCAUCAGCAAUUGCUCAUCAGAAUGUGAUCCAGUAAAGUCAGAGAUAAGGAUGUUGCACCACAUUUUGAAAGAGGUGGCAUCAAUAAAUUCUUAACAACUGGAUUUUGUCUUAUUCUACAUAUAGUGUUUUUUGGCGAGCCACAAUAUUACCAAUAAUAGUUGGCCUUCAGUAUUCUCCAACCCCUUCCCCAAAGACCCCAAACCUUUUCCCAUUUACACUUAAUUGUUCACUAAAAUACUGGAGAAUAACCUCUUCAUUUAUAUCUUGUAAAAAAUUAGAUGUAUAGCAUCACAUGGCACUUUGUUAGACAUAACAAAAUAAGAAUUAUAUUCAUUUCUAUUCUCUGUCAUCUUGUGCACUUUCGGAGGCAGAAAUGUUAUAAUUUAUAAGGUUGACAUGACCUUGGUUUUAAUUCUGGGUGUUCAGUACAUUUGAGGUAAAAAUGAAAGUUCCAGUUUUAACACAUUCAGACAAGUUACAUUUCCUUUAUUUGACCUUUGGCCUACUUUCACAUGCAUUUUUAUGGUUUGGUCUGGUGGAGUUGAAUAACUGUCACAAAACAAUAUCUAGUAGACAAGCUGGUCAUUGCAAGUAUUGAUAACUCUGUAUGAGCAGCCACAUUUAAUAUUUAUCUAUGUGCUGAAAAUGAAAAUGUUUUAUCAGGCCAUGCUUAUUAUUUUUAAUAAAAUAAAUAUUUUUUAUCACAAAAGCCUACUUUAACUAAGGUUUUAUUUAAGUGAUUUGUCACUGGGACACCAGGUAAUACAAAAUAUACUUUGUUGAUUUAAUUUUGCACCUGUUAGAGAAUUGCAUAAAAAAAUCCAGUCACCUUUUGGGCUCCGAGCUCCAAUUAUUUAACUGUAUCAACUUUUUUCCCCCUUCAACAGCUCCACAUGGACUGGUUGGCUUCUGCCUGUAGGAGUGGCCCUGGCUGCUGCAUUCGCCUACCGAUACAUUGUUUCAUCAUCUGCCUAAUCAAAGACAGCCUUAGAGUUGUUGUUUUUUGCUGUCAUCCUAAUUGUUAUACAGACUUAUUUACUGUUGCAUGCCUGGUCAAAUCUAAAGAACUGGAUUUCCAAAUAAACCAACCUUUAUAAUAUGUUGGUGUUACCAACAUAGGGAGAAUUAUGUUUUUUUAGUUUUUCAGUACCUGUAUCAUAGUGAGCAGUUCGCUUUGGGUGAAUGAAUUUGAUGUAAAAAAAAAGAUAUAUAUUUUUAAAACAAUUCAUUUUCCUUGUAAGAUUUUGUUAAACCAUAUGAAGGCAGAAAGGCAGCGUCUGCAACAAACGUAUCAAAUAAUUUGGUUCAAUGUGCUUUUACCAUUAAUUUUAAUUGUAGCAACAUUGAUUAUGUUUAUGUCAAAACGUUAGACCAUAUAUAGCUUCUGCUUUACAUUAGCUUUUUCAAAUCAAUUGAUGCUAUUAUCAUUUAUACACAAGGAUUUUUUGUUUGUUUGACAGAUGUCACCACGGGAACAUUAAUUUUUAAAUAUUUUUUUUUGUCAUUUGUAAAACAUGAUCGAGAGUACACUUAUGAUUGUACUUGUACUGUCUGAUACUGGUGUGGUUUUGUCCUCACCCUGAUUCUACUUCUGUCUUUAUUUAUACAGAAUGAAUGUGGGAGAAAUGAAGUAUGAGUUAUGGUUCUUUCUUGCGAUUAUUUUUUCCAAAAAUUUACUUGUAAGACUUUGUUAUUGAUUUAUGCUGAGAAUAGUUCCAUACAUUACAAACAGUUGAAAGUCAUUGCCUGAUUCCAGGUGGUUAUAGUUCCAUAAAUUACAAGCAGUUGAAAAGUCAUUACGGUACCUGAUUCCAGGUGGUUAUAGUUCCAUACAUUACAAGCAGUUGAAAAGUCAUUGCCUGAUUCCAGGUGAUGACUGGCAGACCAUUCAGACAUAAUGCAAUAAAGAAUGAUUCUUUUCUUACAAAGUUUUCUUAACUUUUUUAAUGAGUACCAUAGCAUUUUUACUAAUGACUAUAAGACAUAGUAUGUCAAUGGAUUAAAACACUUUGAUGGACAAUGA